AUGUGCAACACCUAUCACAUUCAGAGUGUGAAUAGUGAGAUGUCAGCUGAUUUGAAUGAAAGACUUAAACAGUUUUGGGAUCUGGAUACAAUGGGAAUCACACYAUCUGGCCCAGCAAUGAGUCCGGAAGAAUCAUUAGCACUGAAGAAAGUAUCACAAUCAUUGGCAUAUCAAGAUGGACAUUAUGCAGUGGCGAUACCAUGGAAAGAUGAUAGUCCAAAGCUACCAAACAACAGACAUCUAGCUGAACAGCGAUUGAAAGCAACUGAACGAAAGUUGGCUACUAGUCCAGAAGUAGCAGGUGCAUAUAAAGAAGUAAUCAAUGAAUACUUGGAGAAGGAAUACAUACGAAGAGUACCMAUGGACGAGCGAAAACCAGRAAAUGAGUGGCUUUUACCACACUUUCCAGUAACCAGACCAGAGAAGACGACUACAAAAACCCGAAUUGUAUUUGAUGCUUCAGCAGAGUUCAACGGCAUGAGUUUAAACAAAGUAGCACUUCCUGGACCAAAACURCARACUGACAUUCUUGAUAUACUGAUCAGAUUUCGCAAGGAACUGAUUGCWCUURUUGGGRAUAUAAGCCAAAUGUAUCUCCAAGUAAUUUUGUUACCUGAAGAUCGCCCUCUACAUCGUUUUCUGUGGCGGGAUCUUAACCCACACCAAGAGCCAGAAGUAUAUGAAUUCUCAAGACUUAUCUUUGRAGGAUGUUAUGGUCCAUUUUGUGCCCAAUAUGUGUGGCAACGACAUGCUGAGAUGCAUGGACAAGAGUACCCACUAGCUAGUAAAGCAGUCAAAGACAAUUGUUACAUGGACGAUGUCAUGUGUUCAGUGAAGUCAAUCAAAGAAGCCAAAGAAGUUCGUCGCCAACUCACAGAACUUGGUGACAAAGCAGGAUUCCACAUUCGCAAGUGGAUCUCACAGAAAUCAGAAGUGAUUGAAGACAUCCCUGUAGCUGAUAGAGGUAAGGAAGUUAAUUUAGAAAGAGAUGAAUUUCAAUCUACCAAGACUCUUGGAGUUUUGUGGACAGUUCAAGAUGAUAAAAUGACAUUUCAUUACACAGCACYKUCGACAGAGUUUAWUUUCACAAAGCGCAACGUCUUAAAGAAAGUUGYAACURUUUUCGACCCAUUUGGAUUUCUAGCACCUUAUGUUAUACGUGCUAAACUACUGAUGCAAGAAGCAUGGAUGUCAUCUCUGGGCUGGGACGAAGAACUACCAAAUCAUCUACAGAGAAAGUGGAGACAAUGGUUCGAUGAACUGGAGAUGUUAGACAAGAUCACAAUACAACGAUGYUUGAGAAACGACAAAGAAGUAAAGGACAUUACUGUUCAUACUUUCAGUGAUGCAUCUGACAAAGCCUAYGCUGCRGCAAUCUACGCACGACAUGAAUAUGAUGUUGAAACUGUCAGUGUCCAAUUAGUGGCAGCGAAGAGUAGACUAGCACCAGUAAAAGCAGUAAGCAUCCCACGCUUAGAACUCAUGGGAGCGCUAGCAGGACAGCGACUAACAAAGAAAGUAUGCUCAGCACUAGAACUGUCCUUAGACAAAGUCACUUAUUGA